GUUCCGCCAUGUCAAAUGUUCCGCUGUCCAAAAUGUCAUGAAAUUUUCAAAGCCGAAAAGAAAAAGAUCAAGCGCGUCGAAAAGUGAUAAGUUUUGGUGUUCGUUUCACCGUAGAAUCACUUGCAGAAAGGUUCCUUUAUACCGCCAUAAGUUAUAUUAAACCCAACAAACCAUUUCCAUUGGAUUACAAUGGGCCAAAAUUAUGAUACGUUUGCUGGUCGCGAGUGAGUUUUAUGGUGUUGUUUUGCAUGCCAUCAAGAUGGAUAAGAUGCUGUGAGGGUUUGAGGGUGGUUGAAAGCAUUUCGCUCCCCGUUCUUGUUCUGUUCGAUACCUGCCACACAGCAUAUACAAACAAAAACCCUAAUGGUAUAGUGUGCAGUUCUUAAUUCGGAACGGUCUGUUUCCUUGCGCCUUGCAAUAUUACAUGUCAGCGAAAUUGUAUGCCUCAAAGCAGCAGAAAACUAGUUUAUGCACUUUUGUGCGCGUGUGAAACUAAAAUAUUCGAUAAAAAAUUUGCAUGAAAAAUGAAUCCCGACUCGGGGUCUGUUGCGAUUAAUUUGGAGAGUCUCCAGAUAAAGGAUGAUUUGUUUAAAAGCGUGAAGUGCUUCAUUACGGGAACGCUUGAUCCGAAGAUAACCAAACUACUCGAAGAUGGUGGUGUGUCUCUUUCGAAAUUCAUGGACUUCAGCACACAUGUCGUGUGUGGGGAAAACUACGACGAAAAUGACAUAACUGAAGCCGGGGAGCUGUACGACAUACCGUCAGUAACCGAGGCCUGGGUAGUGGCAUCUGCUCGAUUGGGUCGGCUGGCCUCGACGAAGGCUUAUUUUCCAUUAAAGUCGGGAAUAUUUUGCGGUCUUCGGUUUGCCGUAACACAGGUAGAUUUACGCGAUCUGCGUAAACUAUACUCGGUGUUAACCUUUCAUGGCGGCACGUUCAGCACUCGACUAGAUCGUACCGCUACGCAUCUAGUCUGUGGUAGCGCUCGAGGUCCGGCCUACACUAAAGCACUUUCCUGUGGCACGAGUGUGCAAAUAGUAACACCGGACUGGGUGGCGGACUGUUUAAAAACAAGUAGUCUAAAACCGGUGGCUGUGUAUCACCCGAGACUGUUACGAGAACAGGUGUACUUCAAACAGACAGCAUCAAUGGGUGGUGCGAAAGGGACAACGGAAAAGCAAACUAUAAACAACAUUUUAGGAUUCGAUUUUGAGGAAGGAAUCGCUAAAACAGAAGUUCCUACGAAUGGUAAAAAAGAUGAUCCCAAAGCCCGGCCGAUCUCGGGGACAGAGAGUGUUGCGAAACAGGCGUCACCAGUGCAGAAACAGUCGACCAGUGGGGCAAACAUAAGCCAUCUCCAAUCGACUCCUCCUCGGUUUGUUAGGGCACAGGGUCAGCAGCAACAGUUGCAACAGCAACAAUCUCCUCGCGUCCGUGGACCUGGGCCACAAAGUUCGAACGUGCAACAACAACAGCAGCAGCAGCAGCAACAGUUGCAAAAAGCUUUACAACAACAGCAGCAACAACAACAACAGCAGCAGCAGUUGCAACAGCUACAACAGCAACAGCAAUUGCAGCAACAGCAACAACAACAACUACAGCAGCAACAACAAAUGCAGCAACAGCAGCAGUUACAGCAACAACAGGUUACAAUGAAUACUCCAAAUACCAAUAUAUUACAGCAAUCCUUACAACAACCGCAGCAGAACUCGCAAACGAUGCAGCAAACGAAUAUGAAUUUUCAAACAACAACGACGCCUGGCGGAACAAUUAUACAGCAAAUAAUACAAACUCCCGUUCAGAACACUUUGCAACAAGGUCAGCAACAGCAAACCCAAGCAGGAAAGCAAAACAUACAAGUUUUGUAUAAGAGCGGGUUGAAUCAGCAGCAGCAGCAGCAGCAACAGCAAGGUGGUCAAACUCAAAUGCAGCAACCACAAUACAGUCAGGCUACUGUUACCACUACGCAGACUGGUCCGGACGGACAGCAGAAGCAGAUCGUACGGCAAAUUACGAUAAAUCAAUCUCAGCUUCAACAGCAACAACUGCAACAACAGGGACAGCAAACGAUGCAGGUGUCCCAGGCGCAACCGCUCCAGCAGCAAAUUAUACAGGUCCAGCGUACUGGCUUGAAUGCACAGGGAACGCAACAGCAAAUGCAAUUCCAGCAGAGCAAUCUAGUGGCCACCUCGUCUUCGUCUGCAGGGCCAGGACAGAUAACGAUGAUGGGAAAUAGCGGUGCGCAAGCUUCAAGCGGACAACCAGUUGGUCAACCGAAGUUUAUACAGCAGACGAUAAUUCACCAGCCGAUGGGAGCGAAUUAUCAAACCGUAACGAAACAGGUGGUUUUGGAGCAACAGUCGCAGGAUCAGCAUCAAGGACAGUCUGCGUUACAACAGCAGGUGCAAAUACAAUCGAUGCAACAACAGCCACAACAGCAGCAGCAGCAGCAACAGCAACAGCAGCAGCAUCAGUUGCAACAGAUGCAGCAGCAACAAAUGAAAACGGGACAACCGCAGGUUGUUCAAAGAAUCGUACAACAGCAAGUCUUUCAAGGGUCGCCAGGAUCUUCACAAUCCGGUGGACAAAAUAUUGUUAUCAUUAACCAAUCGACUAAUCAGCAGCAAAUUAUAUCUGGCGCUGGAAUGCAACAGAUGAAUCCGCAGCAACGUUUGCAGUACAUGCAACAGAUUCAGCAGCAACAAAAACAGCAGCAGAUAAUAGUCAGCACUGCUGGUCCUAUGACCUCGAAUACUCAGCAGCAGCAGCAGCAGCAGCAACAGAUAAUGCAACAGCGAAGUAUUGUCACAUCGCAGGAUGGUGGGAACGGGGGUCAAUCCGUGAUGUUGCAACAAAGGCCACAACUGCAACAACAUCAGCAAAGUUCUCCCAUGAUACAAGGGCAGCAACCGCAACAACAGCAGCAGGUAUCGAUACAGGGGCAACAGGCACCGAUGCAGCAGCAAAUCAUUCAAACUAAUGCCGGUGGACAACCGCAGACAAUAGUGGUGCAGCAGCAGCAACAACAACCGUCACAGAAUACGAUCGUACAACAAGGUGCCAUGGUACAGCAGCCACAACAGCAACAGUUAAUUAUAAAUCAGCAGCAAAUCAUACAACAAACGGUAGUGCCUAAUCAGCAGCUUCAGCAGCAGCCACCACAGCAACAGCAACAGAUAAUACAACAAACUAUUGGACCUAACGGCACACCACAGAUGGUGCAACAGCAGCAGCAGCAGCAACAGCAACUUCAAACAGGAGGUAUACAGCAACCAAUUAUGCAGCAACAAAUUCUGGCUUCUAAUGGAGGCCAACAACAGCAGCAGCAGCAGCAGCAACAACAACAGAUGAUGGUUGUUGGUAACGCUGGUGAGCAACAGAUGCUUCAAGCUGGUCUUGGAGGGAACGAAAUGAUGCAGCAACAGGUACAGCAACCACAGACGCCAACCCAACCAGCAGGUACACCCCAACCUCAGUGGACUCCACAAAGCCCCUUGCAACAGCAGACUCCCCCCGGAACGUCUUUUCACACACAAUCACCACAGGCACAAAUGCAGCAAUCUCCAGUCCAGCAGCAGCAGCAGCAACAGCAGCAAGGAACAUCCAUGAUACCUGCUGGAGCGACAAUUGUACAGCAAACGAUAGUACAAUCCCCCCAAGGGUUAGCACCCGGUCAGCCACAAUUCAUUCGCACCACCGUUAGACCGCAAAUGCAGCGCCAACUCAUCCAGCUUGAUCCGCAGGCAAGAGAAGAGCUGAUGAAACUAGAUCCUGCCGGGCAGCAGGAGUACAUCAGCCGACUGCAAGCCAAGCACAGUUUGAUGCAGCGUCAGCAAGCUGCAUUCCAGGGACGGCCGGGACAUCCGGGUGCACAUCCCGGUGCACGGCAGCAGAUUGUCAUACGCAGUCCAAUGCCACCCGGCUUGAACCAGCAGCAACAAGUUCGAUGGUUGCAUCAUCAGCAGCAACAGCAAUUACAACAGCAGCAGCAGCAGCAACAGCAACUACAAAACGCUCGUCAAGUUGUUGUGCGGCAACCCGGUGCACCGGGACUGAGCCCAAUCACGCAGCAAACUGUUGGGCCCGGACCGGCUAUGGGAACAUCCUAUCCGAUCGAUCCGAAUGCGACACCCGCCCAGCAGCAACAGCAGCGUUUGCAGCAGCAUCGUCUACUCCAGAUGCAGCUACAGCGCGAACAGGUGCAGAAAAAUCAGCAACAGGCAGCAGCUGCUGUUGCAGCACAGGCACAAGCUGGAUCAUCGCCUCUACAAGGCCAAAUGAUGUCGCCUCGCACGGCCGGAGGAUUCGCGCCGGAAGUGGUAGUAGGAGCGGAUGGAAGUACGAUGGUGGUACAACAGCAGCCCCUUGUUGGGCCGCAAACAGGAACACAGCCAGCAGUUCCUUCGCAAACACCGAUCGAUGGUACGGGCAAUUCUGUGGGAUCGAUACAGGCACAGCAACAGAUGCAAAACAAGACGAAAACUGCACUUGCAAAUAUGUUGUCUAGCCGGUUGGGCAAUGGUGGAACGGCACCGCCAGGUAGCACUACCACAUUGGUUGAUGGUAGUCAGAGUGGUCAGAGCGGAGCGAGUGGAGAACCUUCCGCGGCCGGUACGUUACGGUUGAUGACAGCGCAACAUAAUGCCGCAUUACAGCAACAGACGAUGGGACGCUCACCCCAGGAGUUGCUUGCACUUCAGCAGCAACAGCAGCAGCAGCAACAACAACAGCAAGUCCAGCAACAACAACAACAACAACAACAGCAACAACAAGUCCAGCAGCAGCACGUUCAGCAACAGGUGCAUCAACAGCAAGUUCAUCAGCAGCAAAUCGUUCGCCGUACAUUGGGUAACAUAACCAAUAGCGGAAUGCCGGUUGCCGGCGGUCCGAUGGUGGUCGGUCCAUCCGGUGGUCCUGUAGUCGUUCAAACGGCUGGAGGUGGUCCCGGCAUCAUCCCGAUACCGCCCGGAGCCGGUGUCCCGGGCGUGAUGAUGCAGAAAGGUGGCCCAGCCCAAUUCAGUCCAGGACGGCCCACACCAUUACCUCGGCCACAAUACUACGGUCACAAUCCUAACCUAAAGCUACAUCCGGAACUGUUUUUGCUCGGGUGCACUUUCCAUAUCAUUGAGUACGAUGAGCUGCACAGCGCGGACGAGAUCGACGAAUGGAAGAUGAUCAUCAAGAAUCAUGGUGGUGAGAUCGAGUCGUACUAUGGGCCGAAGGUAACGCAUGUACUGUGCCGUACGCAACGGCACGGCGUAGUGAUGCAGGCCAUUCGCGAUGCUAAGCGUUGCAUUACCUCGUACUGGUUGAAUGAUAUCGUGUUGAAACGACAGUUGUUGCCACCGUGGCAGGCACUGCAUCUGCCAACGCCGGCCAUUUUCGGCAAUCAAAAACCUGCUACCAAGCACAACAUGUCCAUCACCGGCUUCGAGGGUGAGGAACGGAUGCGCAUUAAGCAAAUGAUCGAAGAGUCCGGGGCACGCAUGACGCCGUACUUCUCCAAGUCGAACACCGUGCUGAUCUGCAGGCAGAUCGAAAAUCAGAAGUAUAAGUUCGCUAAAGAGUGGAACAUACCAGCGGUCAACACAGUGUGGUUGAGCGAUAUACUGCUGGGGAAUUUAAAUGCGAUGCAGCAGUGCGAAGCGCCCAAGUAUCAACAGUUUACCCUUAGCUGCCACUUCCGCGUCGACUACAAUCUGGUGAUGCAUUUAAUGACUGCGUGGAAAUCACCGAUAAAUCUUACUCAGGAAUCGCAUGAACGUGUAAAACGAACCCUCAGCGAACUGCAGCCACCCAUCACUGGGACGAAGAAGCAACGCACUCUACCACCGAUGGAGUCUAUUCCGGCGGAGAUCGUUUGCCAGCGGCAACCGGCUGCCGAUGCCAUACCGCACGUACUGUUUUCGCAGGUUGAUAACAGUGAGGGUCUCACGCGCGCUGUAACAACACUCGGUGGAAAGGUGACAAACAGCCCGGCAGAAGCAACCCAUCUGGUGAUGACACGAGUCGCUCGCACGGUGAAACUGAUCCUAGCCCUGGCGACUACGCGGCAUCUAGUGAGCAGCAAAUGGGUAUCGGACAGUGCAGUAGCGGGCCAAUUUCUACCGCUCGAUAAUUACCGGUUGGAUGUAAGCGAACUAAACGAGCAGUUCAAGUGCGAUCUUCACCAAGUGCUGGAAGCUACCGGCCGUAACAAACUGUUCGAGGGCAAAGUGUUCUUCGUGACGCCGCAGGUAAAACCGGCGUGCAAGGAUGUGCGGCAGAUGAUUGAGUUGGGCGGUGGGGUGGUGGAAAAAAAUCCCCGCACAAUCAAACGGAUACGGGAGGCGAACGCGGAAAAACCGGGCAGUUAUGUUAUUAUUAGCUGCCCGGAGGAUCGCGUCAUCAUUCAGCCAUUCAUACAGAAGACCAAACACGCGGUAUGUCAAAUUUGUACCACCGAGUACGUGAUGCAAUCCAUCAUGCAGCAACGUUUGGGUAUAGAACCGCACAUUAUUAAAUGGGAGCUCGGGUCUUAGAUGCUGCCCAUUUGCGUACGAUCGUGAACGAUCGCGCUCGGUAAUCGUGAAUGGCGUGAGGGCAGUAAAUCAGCGAAAAAUGGAAACACUAUACAGAGUAUCUAUGUGGGAAGCAGGACAUAUAAAUGCUUUGCUGAACGGGCGUCACUAUUGUAACCAUGUGUUAAGUGAGCAAUAGGGCUACAAAAUCAGAACGGGAAAGCAAUGAGCGCAAUGUGACUAUCAACUGAGAGAGAGAGAGAGAGAGAGAGAGAGAAAAUUUGUGUGUAAAAGUAAAUAUUUUAAGUUAAAACCAUCAAAUCUCACCACAGAUGGAAUCAUGGAAGGUUAAUAAUAUAUUGUAUAUGUAAACACGUGUAAAGAGUUCUAGCAUUUGGUCGAAGAUGAAUAAAAUACUAUAGAUUUGAUUGCGAAUGAAAUUAACUUAUCAAUGUUGAUUGUGUCCUUUCUUUGUUCUACCGAUUCUCGUUUUCGAGCGAUUCUUCUGGAAAGUUUAUAUACAUCAACCAUGCUUACUUACUGUUGAUUGUUAGAAUUUCUGCUUCACUAAAAGUUUGAUGUUUAUACUGCUUCUCCACGCGUCCUCCGAGUCGGGAUGAAGACGUAGUUUUUUUUUGCUGCAGGUUGUAGUUAGUAUUGAUAAGAAGUUUAAACGAGAGUCAAAAUUACUAAACAAGAACGAAUGCUGAUUUAUAAAUUAACCAAUGCUAAUCAGCUUGUCGAAAUGAGCGAUAGAACGAAUCGUUGAAUUCUAUCGAACCCAAAGCUCCCUCCUCAGUAGUCCGAGGUGGGAAAUGUAUCAUGUUGACCAGACACUAAAUGGUGGCGCCUUGAAGUUACCUAACAAGAUGAAACAAUCUUAGCAGCAAGACUGAAACUGGAUAGUGUGACAAGAGCAACAACAAAACCAAACAAAAAAAAAACACAUUUAUAAAGAGCAGCA